AUGGCGAUUGAAGAUUCUGAAAGUGAUAGUUCGCACAACAACAUAAACAAUAAUGGAGGUAAUGUUGACAAUUUUGAUCCUUAUUUGAUCGCUAAUUCAGAUAAUCCAACCUCUUCCUUAGUUGCUGUUGUUUUCACUGGAUUCAUCAAUGGUGGAAUAACAAAACCAACUGUUAAUCACAAAGAUUAUCCGAAAUGGAAAGGAGCUGAUUUUAUGGUUGUUAGCUGGAUUUUGAGUUCAAUGAAUCAUGAGUUAGCUGAUGAUUUUGGUUAUAUUGAUAAUGCUGCUGAACUAUGGUGUGAAUUAACUGAAAAAUUUGGUCAUUCUAAUGGUCCAUUAAUCUACCAAUUAAAGAAAGAGAUCGAGAAUCUUACUCAACAAAACAUGACUAUUGUUACAUAUUAUGACAAACUGAAGAAAUUAUGGGAUGAAAUGCAAAAUUUGAGAGAAUUUCCUACUUGUGGUGCUAUGAUUAAUUGUAGCUGCCAUUUUCUGAAAAAGAUAGCUGAGUUUGAAGAGGAGGAUAAAAUGAUGAAGUUCUUGCUUGGAUUGAAUGGAGGUUUUGACAGCAUUGUGACAAAUGUGUUGUCCAUGGAUCCUUUGCCUAUCAUUAACAGAUUUUUCUCAAUUACUCAACAAAUAGAGAAGCAGAAGGAGUGA